AUGCCGGCCAUUCUUGACGACCCCUCGGCCGGAACCAUCCACCGCGUCUCUGGAGCGGAGCCCUUUCCCGACCCUGCUCACCCUUCCUUCCCGGACACCAUUGUCCCUCGCCAUGUGACUCUGCGGGAUCGCACGACGGUAGCUACCGUUGUCCCCUUCGCCUCGCGCCAUCAAGUGCCCGAUUCCCUGCUGCACUAUCUCCAUGAUCAUUCGCCGAUACUGGCUCAAAACUUUGCUGGCAUCAUGCUUCUCGGCGAAAUCAAGCGCCCCGAGGACAUUGUCGACAACCAGAACUGGCCGACGGACUGCCUGGGCACCUUCUACAUCAAACCCAACUACCCUGGCCGCAGCAGCCACAUUUGCAAUGCCGGUUUCAUUGUGACGGAUACCUCCCGUAACCGUGGUGUCGGUCGUCUCAUGGGUGAGACCUACCUGGACUGGGCACCCAAGCUGGGCUACACGUACUCGGUCUUCAAUCUGGUUUACGAGACCAACGUGGCGUCGGUCAAGAUCUGGGACGGCUUGGGCUUCAAGCGCAUCGGCCGUGUCAAGGGGGCCGGCAACCUCAAGAGUUACCCGGACCAGCUGGUGGACGCCAUCAUCUUUGGCCGGGACUUGGGCGACGCGGACGGUAACGAAGAACUUGUGAGUGAAGAACGUUUCGACAAGAUCAAGUACUAUCUGCAACACGCCCGCUAUCCUCCCGGGGCUGACCGAGCCGAGAAAAGCAGGCUUCGUAGCGCCGCAACUCACUACAGGCUACUCGAAGGCGGCGUCCUCAUGCUCAAGGACAGGGAGGUCAUCUCAGACCCGCGCCGCCAGUACAAGAUCGCGACAGAGGUGCACAACCAAUCGCAUGCGGGCAUCAACAGGACUACGGCCACUAUUACGGAGCGUUACCACUGGAGUCGCAUUAAGGACGUUGUCUCUGAUGUUAUUAGGAAUUGUUCUGAAUGCAAAGAACUGGGAAAGUCUUCAUUGCCAUCCGCGUCCCAAACUCGGCAGCAGCAGGAGCAGCAGGAGCAGCAGCAGCCCCUACUUCAGCCCCAGUUACCCAAUAUCAUAUCGCCUCCAUUGUCUAAUGUCGUGACUCCAACGUCCAGUGGCAUAAAGCGUCCGAAUCCUAGCCCGCCUCUUAAUCCCAGCAACUCCAAGCGACCAACACCCACCCGAUCUCCUGGUUAUGUUACGGCUGGUGAUACUGUCACCAUCGGUGAUCAGCCCAGAUCGCACCCUAUACCUGCCUUGCCGCCCGAGCCACCAUCUCACAUAGAUCUCUUUACUGCCACAUCGCAUCAAUAUAAUCAGAGCCAUUCGCAGUUUACUGAUGCCAGCGGUCACCAAAUCUCCAUCUUGACAUCCCCUUCUCCCGGCCCUCCCCUGCAGCCACCGUUCAGCAUAAUCCCUUUACUCGUCACACGCAGGCGCAUGAAAGUCCGAUGCUGCCACAUCAUCCUUCCCCUCCUCCUCCGCAUCAUCACCAUCAAUAUCUAUCUCCUUACCCUCCGCACCCGCAUCCUGAACGGCAACAUCACUCUGAACCAGCACCUUCCCAUUAUCACCAGUCUCACCAUCCACACGUUUCCUUGCCCCCUCUUAUCAAUCCACAAAUUAUACGCCAACCAGGUCCAUCGUCUGCGCGAAGAGCCACAGCCCAUCACCACACCUUAA